AUGUUGAAUUUUUACUCAAUAAGGUUCGAGCCCACAAAGUCGACGAAGGGCGCUAGCAAGAUGCGCAGAGACCUCAUAAACGCGGAAAUCUCUAACUUGCGCGACCUGCUACCUCUACCGCCCUCCACGAGGCAGCGGCUCUCACAGCUGCAGCUUAUGGCCCUCGUCUGCGUGUACGUCAGGAAAAUGAACUAUUUCCAGCAAGUGUUCAAAAGUCACGACUUCAGCUAUCAGUAUCAAGAGCAAGCGAGUCCCACACCUAAUAUCGGAUUUUCAAAGGCAAUGAACGGUUUUAUGAUGAUGAUGACACAGAACGGGAAACUACUGUAUAUAUCGGAGAACGCCGCGGAAUACUUAGGACACUCAAUGGAAGACUUAUUAAUACAUGGCGAUAGUGUUUACGACAUUAUAGACAGACAGGACCACCAAACUGUCCAAGUCGAGUUGAAUAGAGGCAGCAAUGGCGAGACUGAAAACGUACCAAAGAGUAGACAUUUCUUCUGUAGGAUGAACGUUUCAAGAAACGCUAGGCGUCAGAUGAGAUUUGGCGACCAAAAAGUAGUUCUUGUAAGAGGCCACUACGUGUCGUACCUGCCGCUAUGUAGUCGAAAUGAACCAGUGUUCCUAGCUGUUUGCACACCCCUCGCCAUGCCGGAGACCAGGGAGUGCGUAGUCAACGGUGCAACCAACGUCUUUACAACCGUCCACUCCAUGGACAUGAAGAUCCUACACAUCGACGCUAACGGAGAGUGGUAUCUAGGUUGGAAGAAAACGGAACUAGCGGAUGUAUCGUGGUAUCAAAUACUUCAUUACGACAGUUUACGAGAAGCGCAAACGAAACACAGAUUAAUAACACAGUCGGAGCAGGACAAAUGCUGUAUAUUGCUCGUGAAGCUGCAGCAAAGGAGCGGCCAAUUCCUGUGGGUGCACGUCGUGCUGCAAGUGAAGGAUGCAGCUGACACGCCCCGGCAGUUCAUUGUCGCUACUAAUCAGAUCCUUAGUGAAGAAGAAGCUGCCAUAAUGCUGGCCAACUCCUGGCUGUACCAGUACUACGGCUACCAGAACCAGCCCUGCGGCAUGAUAGACCCUCGCUGCCAGAAGUUCUUCAGGCGGGACCAAUGUUACCAAGAGCCGUACCAAGAGGGGUAUCCGUACAUAGAGAACACAGAAGUAGACUACACGGGGUAUCACGUUUCUUCGUACGUGACCCACAAGCCUGAAGAAUAUGGAUGCGAAAGAAUAUACACUGACAGAGGUCCCGUCGAUUACUCAACCCACUCCCCUCAAUCGACGAUUAGUGAAGAGAGAUCACCCCACCACUAUGAGGUGGCAUCGGACAUCAUCGUUAACAGCAACAUGUACAUGUACCCUCAUCAAGGGAAAAGGGAAUACUAUGAGCAAUACCAGAGGGUGAAUUAUACCAACCAGGAUAUAUGUUCGACAGGAACCAUCGAAAGUAUGGACUACCCAGCGGCGAAGCGUAUGCGACUGGCGCCUACUGUCACCCUCGAUGGCACUGACGGCAUGGAGAGGUGGAACCCUAGCCCACCGUGGUCUGACACAACCCUAAAGCUGACAGACUACGGGCAAAGGUUCGCAUACAACAUGCUACCGAUGCCGCCGGAAAGAGCGAUGGUCACC